AUGGUCGCCACCAUCCACUACGCCUACUUCCCCGGCAUCUUCUCCUCAAUCAUCGGCCACUGCGACCCCAAGACGCAAAACAAGCUGCGCCUUCUCUGCUCCGCCGUCAAGCUCGAGAUUAACGAACUCCACUGUCGGUUCAUCACACUGUAUUUCGACCCCGUGGACGAGGAUGAGAACCCAGGGAUUCCUCCGGAAGAAGUAUCCCUCAGCGUCGUGGCCGACCUCCGUCCCAAGGUACCUGUGCUACGUCCUUCGACUGCGCCUGUGAGAAAGGGGACGGUUGCGCGAAACCUCGCAAAGGGAAUUGACCCAGCCCACGCCUUCGCCCUCCGCUGUGCGAGGGGCGUGUACACCUGGACCGAUGACUUGGCGUGGGACCUCUUCAACAAAGUCCAAGCUGAACAGUACGAACAGUACGGUUUGAGCUACCACAGCCCCUUCAGGUUGCUGGAAAGGGUUACCCGCAUGGAUAUCUUUGUGGGCGAUGUUGCCGCUCUGGAAACUCAUGAUUCAGGGCCGAUCCCACUCCCUUCAUGCGUGCGAAAUCUGGUCUUGCAUGUCAAGGGCCGGGACAGGUGGGCCGGCGACAGAGAGCUGGUGCAUGGCUGUCCGUCUCUUCGAAUCGAGUUUCAGAAGCCCAGCUUAGAGCGGCGCCAACUUGAGCAGCUCCGGUUGGAGCAUCACCAACCUGCAACAAGCACUCUACUUCGCACCCUAAUCGUACCUUGCGUGGAACUUCUCAUCCUCAUUGUCUGGACGGAGCAACUGGCCAUCUCCUACCUGUCGAGCAUCAAGGACCGUGAGCGCCACCCAGACCUCCGAAUCGUGGUCGCAACUGGUUACGACUCGCAACCGGAGGAGCAACGCCAGCUGCUGCAAACGUUGACGGAAGUGAUUGACGCAGACAUCGCCGUCUGUCGUCUUGCCGACGUUCCGCGCGAUUGA